CACUUCUUGAAAACUCAUAUGGCGCCGCCCCUUGUCAACGGUAGACCUAAUUAUGGGCAUCGUUGGCUUCAUCAUUUCUGUUAAAGUAAUUUUAUCACAAUGGAGGUGUCCGUUUUCUAUCAGCUCUUGUUUCUUUCUCUUUGCCGACAGUUUGUAAGUGGACAUAAUUUUUUGAUGAAUGCUAUCUUUGGAGAGGGAAGUCAUUUUCUAUGUUCUGCGUAUGUAGGUGAACGCUUGGUUCAACAAGGGCAUAAUGUAACGUUUCUCAUCAGCAAUGCCUACGCCCAUCGUGCAAAUGACACCAAGUUUUCUCACUUCUUCAAUUUCGAAAUAUUCCAACAUGCUGAUUCGGUGGAAGCAGUUCACGAUCUCUACGACGGACUCAGUAAUCGCGUCUUCAAGUUUCAUAUGAAGUCAACCGGCAUCAUGACCGAGGGUCCGGUAGCAGACUGCGAAGCGUUACUUGCUGAUGUUGAUAUCAUGUCUCGUCUCCGGAGUGCCAACUUCACUGCCGUGAUUUAUGAUAUCACAUGGUUGUGCCCCUUGCUCAUAGCCAAACAUCUCGACAUACCUUACAUCACCCAGUCAGCUCUAUCAUCACCCUGCAGGAUCACUGGUUGGUCGACCACGCCCUUUUCAUUGGCCUCCAUCCCAGUACCACGUACUGGCCUAUCCAACAAGAUGAAUUUCUUGGGUCGCAUGGUAAAUCUCUUUUCUCAUAUCUGGAUGCAAUUCUUCUACGAAUUCUCUUUUCGUCAAUAUGAAAAUAUAAAAAACAAAUACAACAUUGCCCCACACGCAUCUAUUCCUCAGCUGGUAGCUCAGACUGAACUUUUCUUGAUCAAUACCGACUUUUCAGUCGAAUUUCCUUGUGCCUUACCACCCAAUGUGAUUCCCGUUGGGGGCCUCACAACCAGACCUUCAAAUCAACUUCCGAGUGACAUUGAAGACUUUGUGCAGAGCUCUGGAAAUCAUGGCGUCAUUGUCUGCACUACUGGUACAUACCUCACUUCGAUUCCUGCACAUGCUCUUGAACAUCUCUUGAAUGCUUUUGGUCGUCUUCCACAAAAGGUCAUCUUUCAACUGCGUAACAUCCCAUCUGGUAUAAACUUGCCUUCCAAUGUUUAUAGCUUACCAUGGGUACCUCAGAACGAUCUCCUUGGUCACCCGAAGACACGCGCCCUCUUGUUUCACGGAGGAAACAACGGGUUUUACGAAGCCAUCUAUCACGCGGUACCGAUGAUCGUCUUCCCACUCUACAGCGACCAGUACGACACCGGGGCCAAGGUAGAGUCGCAUGGAAUAGGCAUUGUCAUCGAUAAGUUCAACCUUACAGAAGACACCAUAUACAGCGCCCUUAGUGAAAUCAUGACAAGAGUCUCUUACAAGAAUAAUAUCCAGCGCUUGUCUGCCAUGUUCCGUGACAAACCGAUGACCCCAGUAGAUAAGGCAGUAUAUUGGAUUGAUCAUGUUCUUCAACAUGGCGGAAAUCAAUAUCGCAUACCUUAUGAAGAUUUAAAACUUGUUGAGCGCAAUUUGAUAGAUGUUUUAUUUUUCAUCGUAAUAAUCCUUGUUUUUAGUCUGUUUGUCCUUAUGACGUUUGCAAAAUUCCUGUUUACGAUCACUUUUCAUCUAAUAUCCGAUUUCCCUAAAGUUAAAGAUGAGUAAAAUAAUACAGCUACAUUCAGACGAUCAGAAUCAAGAGUUGAUGAUUGCGAUAUCAUGCAUGCAUGAUCCAAAAUAUGAAUAAUAGGUAAUACUUUAAAGUGUAUCGCCUCUGUCCAAUCUGUACAAAAUUCCUUUUCUUUGGGCAUUAAUUUGACGAUGUACCGAGUAUUGGCGCUUCUCCCUUUUUGUCUCGCCCACCAGAGGUGAAUCGUCCGUCCGUCUGUCACAAACAUUAUGACACAUAACUUCGCAACCGUUAGUCACUUUUCAACCAGACUUGGAUGGUAGAUGGACUUAGGGGACUUGCAUGUAUUGCUGCAGUUGAAGAUCACAUGGUAAGGUCAAAGGUCAUUUUCAGGUCAACGUUCAAGUUUAUGUGCAUGACUCUCUUAUGACACACAAUUCCGCAACCGCAAGUCACUUUUCACCCAAACUUGGGUUGUAGAUGUAUUUAGGGGACCUGCAUGUUAUGGUGCAGUCGGAGGUCACAUGGUAAGGUCAAAGGCCAUUUUGAGAUCAAUGUUAAAGUUUACAUGCAUGACUCUCUUAUGACACACAACUCCGCAACCACAAGUCACUUUUCACCCAAACUUGGGUUGUAGGUGUACUUACGAGACCUGCAUAUUAUGGUACAGUCGGAUGUCACAUUGUUAAGGUCAAAGGUUAUUUUGAGGUCAACGUUAAAGUUUAUGUGCAAGACACUCUUAUGACACAUUAAUUGAAUCCAUUAAUGCCACAACGAAGAAGCAAACAAACAAAACCAAGAUAUGAGUCUUGUUUAUUUUUUAAAGAAUGGAAGUGAUUGGAAAUCGAAAAUACGAUUACUGUUGCCUUAAUGUUACUUUUUAUCCCCCACUCGAAAUAAAGUUCAUGUCACCUGAUAAAUUAAUUCAGUGAAAUCAUCGACAUGAUCAACCUCAUAUAAAAAUAAUAAAAUUAUGAACUUAUACUACGGUAUUUUUCUAUUCUUUGGGGUGAUUGCUUGCAAAUUAAAUAUACGUGGGAGAGUAAUUAACUUUACAACUUUCGUUCUAUUCCAUUCUCGAUAGAUAGGCCUACACAUAUCAGAUUGUCCCUUUUCACUUCCUAUACCAUUGAUAAUUCAGCUGUAGAAUGUGUAGAGUAAUCGGCCUAUAUUAUUUUGUUGGUCUUGAGAGGUGAAAUUUAAUCGGACCUGAGCAUGAAUCAGCUAUAUGAAAACUCCACCAGCAAGGUGAAAGAGUCGUUUCAUUUGGUUCUGAAGUGUCCAUUCAGAACACGGUGUCACUUCAAACCAGAUUUUGAAUGUCAAAAGCUAAUCAACACUGUUUACGAACAAGAAGGCCAAGGUCGGGCAUAAGAGCAGGUCACGACCUGUACGGUUGCCCUCGAUUUACUGAUUUUUUUUAAUAUGAGCUCGAAGAGUGAAAGGGUGGAUAUCAAUUGAUUGCCUGUAUGGUAGAACCGGGAUUAAUUACGCCUUUUCAGAGGUUCUCUUGAUGAAUAAUGUAUAUCUACGCUAUCAGCUCGAUUUCCCAUGUGGAUUAGAUCUAAAUGUGAAGGUGACAAACUUCACAGCUCGAGGAUUAAGUUUUACCUUGCAGGUGUAUUCGUAUUUAUCCAUACCUAAAUCUGGUUGCCAAGUUCAACCACGUAACACCAGAUUCCUUACAUUUUACAGAUCUUUUAAAAUUUGUAUCGUUUUAGGAAUGGAAGACAUAAUGCCUACAGAGAGACGGGGGGAAGAAAGCAGUAGAAAAAAAAAAGAUUGUAUAUGAAUGUUAUGGGGGUAAUGAAGUAAAUAAUUUGAUUAUCAUUUCAAAGAUCUCCCUAGGAAAAAAUUAUGAAGGGGAAGAAAUCGACGGUUACGUUGGUUUGCCUAGCUUAGAAUAUAAACUAGGAUCGGCAAUUUGAUGGUUAGGUUGCUAGCGCCCUUCAACCUCUGCUGAUUGUACGUACUCUAGUAACAGGGUGGUGUUUGGUCGGGAUAAAAAUAGGCCCUUAUUCCAUAUCAGAACCUUUAAGGUUAAAUUUACUAUUGGUGGGACACCUUUCUCGGCCAGAUUGUGAUUUUAAAAUUUAAUUUUAGCUAAUUAAUUGGCACACCAUGUUAACAGACCAUUGAAAUAGAGGCUAUCAUGCUGAUAUAUGUAAAAUUGCGUGUUCGGCAUAGAGAUAUAUAAACUAGUAUUAUCUGUGGUGUUCGGUCGAAAUGCGCGAGUCUCUUUCUUUGGAUGGGUAAAAGAUUAAUGUUUAGUCAUUUUGUAGGGUGUGUGUGGGGGGGGGGACGGUGUGCGCGCGCGUUUUGGAGAGAGGAGAAGGAGGAAGAGUGAAGAAAGGAGGAAGAGGAUGAUUAACAUGAUUGAAGAAAGGGAAAUGGGUGAACAGUGCCUAAUUGUAUUUUCAAGUUUUUAUUUUUAUUCAUUUUAAUAAUUUACAAUGUGGGACCUAUAAGGUGGAAAGUUGGUUAUGGUUUAUUCUUAUUGGAUUCAGUGUUACAUUAAAAAAAACCA